AUGAAACCCCUUGAGGCGAUACGAUGCACAUAUCCUAGAUGUCCAUGUGAGUGCUUCGCUCCUGGGCGGCAAAGUCUGCGCUUCUGUGAAACUUGUAACCAUGGAUGGGUGGCUCACGCCCUGGACAAGCUCGGGGCAAACUUUGGCCUGCAAAUGGAGAUGGUCCAGCCCAAUAUAGUCUUUGAUAUUGCCAGUUUGAUGUUAUAUGGGGCUCAAGCUACACCAGUCCGUCUGAAGAUCUUGCUGGACCGGCUGUUUGCAGAGCUUCAGCAUCAAGAGAUACUGCAGAUUCUGCAUGGAUUUGGUUGGACUUACGAGGAUUAUGCUAGAGGUUACAUACUGCAGGACAAGAUGGGCCAUGUUCUCGACAACUGGUAUAUGACCACUCAUGAGGAAGAACUAGUUGUGCUACAACAGUUCUUGCGCUUUGGAGAAACUAAGGCAAUAGCACAAGAAAUCAUACUACAAGACAUGAAGAGCAACCAUGAAAUUCUCAAACAAACACAGAAAGCUGGAUCUAGUAUCAAAACAUUCCUUGAGCAUAGUAAUCAGCCAGAACAGAAUUACACCGUGCCUUAUGAUUAUGCAGCAAAGUGUUUUGUUACGAAUCCGUUCCAGUUUGUUCAGUCAGCGAGUAGAAUGAUACCAGCUCCUGUUAUGCCUCAGAUGUGUAGUCCCACUGGCGAACCGCAUUUUAUGUCUAUGCUGCAGGCACCAGUUGCAUCAAGUACACCUGUGAACAUAUCUCCACUUCACCGUCUGAAUGUCUUGAAGCAUUCUGAUUUGCUUGAACAGUCUGCGGUAAAACCCAAUCAUAAGGGAUUUGAUGGCAGCAGAAUACCCAGCUGCGAGAGUCCACAGGAUCUGAGCAAUGCCUCAUCAUCAUCAUCUCAUCAGUCUUUACAAAUUCAUCAAAAACACCAGGAUCAAGGGUCAGAUGGGAAAGAUGGCAGUGAUUCUCAAGUUUCAGGGUCAGAUGAUGGAGAUGUAAGGGACUAUUCCAAGAGCCAAAUUUCCAAUUCUCUUGCUGAAAAAGGAAUGGAAAGACAUGUACGGAAGUCAGAAAACCCAUGUAGAAGGGAAUGGAGAGAGUCUAGAAAUUUUGAUAACACAUUUAUGGGAUCAAAUGGAAAGAAAAGAGCAUUAUGCACUGCCUGCAAUAAAACAUUUUGUGACAAGGGUGCGCUCAAGAUCCACUACAGUGCUGUUCACUUGAAAGAGAUGCACAAAUGCACUGUAGAAGGUUGUCAAAUGAUGUUCAGUUCAAGAAGAAGCCGAAAUCGGCACAGUGCCAAUCUAAACCCAAAAUUGCACAUGUCACAAAACCAAGCCAGUGAACUUGACCAUGCAGAAAAUGACUUGUCUGAAAUUAAUGGAUUAGUCCCACUUGCUGCUUCCAGUUCUUCAGCAAACUUAACGUUUUCCAUGGCUGAUGCUCCGUCUAUGCAUCUGCAAAUUCCUACCAUUCUGAAUGCACAAAACAGUGUCAGUGGCAAGUCAGAUCCUGUUGAUUUUCUAGCAUCUUUGAGAAAGAGAAUUAAACUGGAACAUAAUCAGUCAGCAAACGUUGAGGAUCACUGCUCUGAUGAUGUACCAUAUGACCUCAGCAAGAAGUUAGAUAAUGAUGCUGAUCAAGAGAUUGAUUCGGAAAGAUCCAGCAAUGACAAAGCCACAGUUCAAGGAGCAGAAUCAGAUGAAUCAGAAACAAAUAACCAAUGGGUUACACAAGGACGGGUUCUUUCUGCUUCCGUACAAAAUGGUGAUAAUGACACUUUCACUGAAGGCAGAUACUCUUUGAAUCAUGACAGUGGUCAGAUGCUACGCAUAAAGACUUCUACAAUCGACAGUAUUGAUGUAGCUAACAGCAGCAACAAUCCUCAAGUAGAGAAACAAGUUAAAGAGUUCCAAAAACCAGGAUCGUCACACUCCAAAGACUUUAAUGAAAUCAGUGAAAGAAAAGAAAAAAGACGGGUUCCAAAAGUUACAGCAUCUCAAGGAGUAGACAGUGCCUUGGAUACUUCCAAAAGUCUUCCAAACAAUGAAGAAUUACUGAUAGCAGAUGGGACUUGUGCAGUCAGUGAAUCAAGGAGAAAAAAAGAAAUACCUGCAGCUGCACGAAACCACACAGAAGAGAACCAGUUACCUUCAGGUAAUGAUGCUCUUGUAGACAAGAAGAGCAAACAUCCAUAUCAGUGUAAAAUAUGUUGCAAAAAUUUUACAGAGAGCUUCUUUUUGAAAAUUCAUUUUGAGAAACAUCAUCUUAAUUACAUGAUUCCAUCUGAUAUCGUCAAUAGAAGAGAGAGUCCAUCCAAGAAGAACCAGACACACUAA